AUAACAGCUGUUGCCAAAGUGAGGUCUGCUAGCCAGCAUGAGCUAAUGAAUAAGACUUCCCUACCCCUCCCCAAACAAAUAACGCUUCAAAAAGACCCAUUGUAUGGCUACCGCUCCUAUGAACUUUCAGGUACAUACGCACCAUGGAACUCACAAAAUACUUUGUUUCAUAAGAAGGCCUUUUUCACUCUUUUCCUGCCUACUACAGUGUCUUUUCGUACGACGGACAUAUGGCGGUCGUAUAUAGCCCAAAAGCUUCUGCAUAUGAUCGGAGAGACAGUGGCGUUCUAUCCACCCAAUGCUGUGCAAUAUAGAAAUGCUCAUGAUUACCUGGCCGAUUUCGAGGAUGAAAGGGAUGUCUACCUCAAAUCCGGAGCGCUGAUCGAGUUUCUUGAUGGAUGGAACUGUACAUAUGCAGAGAAUGGACAAAUUGAACGAGACUUCUGGGGUGCUAAUGAUGUGCAGCUCAUGCUGAAAUGGUUGGCGGAUCUACGGAAAACAGGAUAUCAGUUCCCAUUUCAAAGAAGGCAUGACGAUGAAUAUGUGACAAUUGAUGAGAAAUCUCGGGAAGUGAACUGCCGUCGGGCAGCACUGGAAUUCGAAAAUGAAGCAGCGGACAAGGUGCAGGACCACCAGCGAUCACUGGACAAAAUCAUUGCCUUUGCUGAUCUUUCCGAUUGGUGUGCAGCAGCACAAUCCUCAAGUAAGGGUUUACUCCACCGAGUAGGGGUAGGGUCUACUUGA